UAGCAGCGAGCAUCCAUGGAGUCAGAAAUAGGACCCAUGAUUGCCCCCAAGGUUUUUGAAGGAGAGGGUGGAUCUUAUUAUAUCUGGUCCAGUGCUGAAUUUCCCAUACUUGGCCAGGCCAAGAUUGGUGCAGGGAAGCUCGUUCUAAACCCCCUUGGUCUAGCUUUACCUCACUAUGCUGAUUCCUCUAAGAUUGCCAUUGUAGUUCAAGGAAAGGGGAGAAUUGGAAUAGUAUUUCCAAAAGCUUUAGAAGAGGAGGUGGUAGAGAUUGAGGAAGGUGAUAUUAUACCUGUACCACUUGCUUCUGUUUCAUGGUGGUUAAACGAUGGAGACUCCAAAUUGGUUGUGGUAUUCUUUGGUGACACAUCGAAGGGUCACAAUCCUGGCAAUGUCACAUAUUUAAUAUUAGCCGGAACUAAGGGUAUCUUCACUGGUUUCUCCACUGAUUUUGUUAGUGGAUCUUGUGAUUUAGAUGAAGAAGAUACAAAUAAGGUUUUGAAAAGCCAGUCUGGCGACUUAAUUAUCAAACUUAAAGAAGGAACCAACAUGCCUCAACCUUCUAAGGCUGAUAAACAAGAACUGAUCUUUAACAUUGAGGCUACAUUGCCCGACAUCGACGUCGAGAAUGGCGGAAAGAUGGUUGUUCUAACAGGAGAAAUUUCCAUUAUUGGGAGAAGUUGGGUUGAGUGUCAAGCAUGUAAGGCUUGAUGCUAAUGCAAUGUGUGCACCAGAAUUCUCUUCAGAUUCAGCUGGUCAUCAAAUGAUCUACAUUGUCAAAGGCAGUGGCCGUGUACAAGUUGUUGGCAUUGAUAGUGAACGUGUCUUGGACACAACAGUGAAGGAUGGUGAUUUGUUUGUUGUUCCAAUUGUCUUUGUGGUCU